UUUACGGGUGUUUUUGGGAUUUCACCGGUUAAGCCGGCUUCCAUCAUCCCCUUCUUACAGGGGUCUAAGUGGUUGCCCAGUAGCCAACCCAGUAUUGGGAAGGCGGGGAGUUUGGUAGAUAAAGGGGGAACUGCUGCUACGGCGGAUAAGUCUAGUAAUACCGGGAAGCAAGGUUGGUUGUCGAAGCUGUUAAAUGUCUGUUCCGAUAAUGCUAAGGCUACUUUUACUGCUUUGGGCAUUAGCAUUCUGUUCAGAUCAUCUUUAGCUGAGCCAAGAUCAAUUCCCUCGACUUCUAUGUACCCCACUCUUGAUGUAGGUGACCGCAUUCUUGCUGAGAAGGCCAGUGGAAGCAAGAUCGAUGAAAAGUCUGCCGUAGCUGAGGGGGAAAUGGAAGAUAUCUUAGGGUGCAAGCAGCCUCCUCCUGUGUCUAGAAAGGACUCUGUUGGGGACUUGCUGCUAAAUCUUCCAAGGAUAGCAUCUCUGCCUCAGUUCUUAUUCAACAUCUCAGAAGAUGUUGAUAAUCAAGCUCGGUAG